AUGCGUCGAGUAGUGGUGACUGGCCUCGGGGCCAUCACACCUCUGGGAGUUGGAGUUCGACGAACUUGGGCUCGUCUCUUGGCUGGUGAUUCAGGAAUUGUCAGCGUCGCGCAUCUGGAGCCCCAGGCCCGAUGGCGGGAGCUGACGAGCACCGUUGCGGGACUGGUGCCCAGUGGCGAGGGAGAAGGGGAAUGGACAGCGUCGGACUGGAUCAGCAGGACAGAGCAACGGCGGAUGUCCAAGUUCACGCAGUACGCGGUUGCAGCAAGCAGCAUGGCCCUGAAGGAUGCCGGAUGGGAACCGUCCAGCCAAGAAGAUCUGGAGACUACGGGCGUGUGCCUUGGGAGCGGCGUCGGGAACCUGGACGAAAUCUAUGAGGCCAGCCUGACACAUAAUCAAGGGGGCUACAAGAAGGUUUCUCCGCUAUUUGCCCCAAAGAUAUUGAUCAACAUGGCUGCAGGACAUAUAGCUAUGCAACACGGAUUCCAAGGCCCCAACCAUGCAGCAACAACGGCCUGUACGACCGGAGCCCAUUCAAUCGGCGACGCCUCUCGGUUUGUGGCCAUGGGGGACGCUGACGUGAUGAUUGCCGGAGGUUCCGAAUCCUGCAUCCAUCCGUUGACGUUUGCGGGGUUUGGUCGGGCCAGGUCUCUAUCUACGGCUUAUAACGACGACCCUACCGCGAGUUGCCGCCCAUUUGACGCCGACCGCAACGGCUUCGUCGUCUCUGAAGGAGCUGCAGUGUGUGUCCUCGAGGAGCUCGAGCAUGCCAAGGCCCGGGGGGCACGCAUCUAUGCCGAGAUCAAGGGUUAUGGUUGCAGCGGUGACGCAUAUCAUAUGACGGCGCCGCGCGAAGAUGGCCAUGGCGCAUUUCUUGCCAUGAGGAGAGCACUGAAGAGCGCCGGGAUCAAGCCGUCGCAAGUCGACUACAUCAACGCACACGCAACGAGUACCCUGGUUGGCGAUGCGGCGGAGGCGGCGGCUAUUCAGCGGCUCAUGCUAGGAGAGGAGGGCUACUCAACGGAGUCGAACGUCACUGUUAGCAGCACAAAGGGAGCAGUUGGACAUCUUCUAGGAGCUGCCGGUGCCAUUGAGGCCCUGUUCUCCAUCCUUGCUAUUCAUGAGUGCGUUGUGCCUGCAACCUUGAAUUUAGAGAAACCCAACGUUGGUCUCGACUUCAACUUUGUGGCUCAAUCAGCACAGCAGAAGCAGGUUGACGUUGCGCUCUCCAAUAGCUUUGGGUUUGGCGGUACGAACAGCUCGCUGGUUUUCUCUAAACAUCAUUUAACGAACUUCCCUCCCACCGUGCCCCGACGCCUCCUCCCGAUCCCCAACACCUCCGACGCCAUGAGUCUAGCAUGCGAGACCUGCCGGGCCCAGACGAGGACCCUCGUCCGCGCCGCAAUCCGCGCAGGCGCAUCUCGAGCCGCCGCUGCCCCGAAGAACUUUCUCCCACCCGCCAGAGCGCCCAUGUCGAUGCCCGUCCGGUACUUCAGCAAGACCAGUUCGAGGAACCUCCUCAAGGGCCUCAGCAGCGCCGUGUCCGAGCCCUAUCGCGUGCUGGGUGCCACGGAACAGCUCUUCAAAGCCACAUCCAAGGCCGCCGACUACCACAUCACCGAGGCGGAACGUAAGGACGAGAGUGUGCAGCUUGCCGAGGAUGGCGAGGAAGUCGGCCACUCGCUCAAUGCGGACGAAUUCAACCUCCCUCCCACCUUUAGCACCUGGUCCCACGUCACCAUGCUGCACAUGUACCUGAUCAACGCCCGGAUACGCUGCUUCGACCGCGAUGUCUUCCACAACUGGCAGCACCAGCUGACCGACCACUUCUUCUUCGAGUGCGAGAAGAAAAUGCACAUCGACCAUCAGAUCACAUCGAGUGCCCUGCGACAGCGGUACCUCAAGGACAUCUUCGUCCAGUGGCGUGGCCUGCUAUUGGCCUACGACGAGGGUCUUUUCAAGGGCGAUGCAAUCCUGGCCAGCGCCGUCUGGCGGAAUCUGUUCAAGGGAUCACCGGAUGUGGACCCCAGGGCGCUGGUGGCCAUUGUGGGAUGGAUGCGGUCGUCACUGAUGCGCCUCGAAGCCGUCAACGACAACAUGCUCGCAGCCCAGGCCCCCAAGAUCCUUGCAAGGCCGGUGGAGGCGUUCUGGGACCCGCAGACUACCGGCCAGCAGGAAGACGUGCCGGUGAAUGUUGAGAGACGGCAGACACAGGCCAGGGCGGCCAACGGAGACGUACGGCCAGCAGCAACGCCCAAGGUUGCGGUGAAUUAA